AUGGAGACUGGUAUUCCGCCAUCUGCCCUGACUCCUCUUCACUCACUUCCUUCCCUGCUCAGGUAUUCCGCCAUCAAUAAGCCUGUGGGCGUCAAGUACUGGCUCGACAACAGCCCCGAUGCGCAACUGGUCGAUUUUGUCCUCAUCCUGGACGCGGAUCAGAUCCUCCGCCGCCCGAUCCUUCCCUGGGAGCUUGGCGCCGAGCGAGGCCGCCCAGUUUCCGCCGACUAUGGGUACCUGAUCGGCUGUGACAACAUCCUGGGCUCGCUGCACAUGAAGCACCCCAAGCACUGCGACAAGGUCGGAGGAUACAUCGCCAUUCACGUGGAGGACUUGCGACUUUUGGCCCCGCGCUGGAUCGCCAAGACCGAAGAGGUGCGAGCAGACAAGGAGCACUACGCCACCAACAUCACGGGCGACGUGUACGGGCAGGGGUGGAUCAGCGAGAUGUACGGGUACUCGUUCGGCGCCUCUGAUGCAAAUCUACACCACGUGGUUAUCGAUAACAUAAUGCUCUACCCAGGCUAUGCCCCCGUGCCCAACGUGGACCCGCGUCUCUUCCACUACGGCCUCGAGGUUAAAGUUCUGAAUUACUCCUGGGACAAGUCCCGCUUCCGAGACACCCCCCUAGCCCUCACCUGCGGCUUCCAUUUCCCCGAUCCUCCAGAUGUUACGGACUUGCCCCCGUUACCUGCUGUCGAUUCUGGUGCUGCUGCUGCUGCCGCUGGUGGUAAGCGUGGUAUAGGCGGUUUAUUCGCGGGGCUUAGGGGCGGAGGAGGAGGGGAGGAGGAGAGGGAGAAGAAGCUGAGGGAAAUACUAGAGGAGCGGAGGAAAGAUUUCAUUGUGAUUGAGUGUGUUGCGGUGCUGAAUCGGGCUUUAAGGGAGUAUCAUCAGCUGAAGCUUGGGUGCCCUGUGUCUGGCGAGAAAGACAUGGGCGUUAUGGAUCUUACUGGAGCUUCUUAUAUCGAGGAUGGAAGUGGGGGAGGGGGUGUGCGUGAGCUUCGAGCAGAUGUGUGGGCGAGAGUGAGGAAUGGGGGAGGAGGGAUGGAGGUGGAGGAGGAGGGGAGGAUGAGGAGGAGUGAGGAGGGGAAUGGAGAUGUGGAGAGAGUGGGCAGGUUUGUGAUAGAGAGUGUGGAAGUGAGGGAGAGGGGAGGGUUGGAGCGAGGUCUUGUUGUUGGGGUAGAGAUGGCAGAAGGGGAGAGGGAGAGGAUGGAGGAGAGGAUGAGGGAGGAGGGAGAGGGAGGGGAGGGUGAGGAGCUGGAGCAAGGGUCGACUUCGGGGUUGGGAGGGGAGGGAGGAGAUAUAGGAGGGGUUGGAGAGGGUGGGGAGGCGGCAGAGGAAGCGGAGGGAGGGGAGGGAGAUGAGAGAAGCGCGGCGGGAGAGAAGGGCGAGGAAGAAGCGAUCGGAGAAGAUCCCUAA